AUGUAUAAGAUAAAGGGAAAGCAUAAGCCAAAUCUAUUUGCUUCUGAUAGCAAUGGCCAUGUGCCAAACGAUGGGCACAAAUCUUAUGUGUUGAACAAUCCAACCAGGCAUAACAUCGAGGAAUUUUACAAGCUCGGGCGUGAGCUCGGCCGAGGUGAGUUUAGGGUAAUGAUUGUGGCAAGAGGGCAUUAUACCGAGAGGGCUGCUGUUGUUGUGACUCGAACGAUUGUUGAGGUUAUCGAGAAUUGCCAUAAUCAUGGUGUGAUGCAUCAUGAUCUCAAGCCUGAAAAUUUCUUAUUCGCAAACAAAAAGGGAACGUUGCCGCUUAAGGCCAUCAACAUUGGGUUAUCAGUUUUUUUCAAGCCAGGUGAGAGAUUAAACGAGAUUGUGGGGAGUCAUUAUUAUAUGGCUCCAGAGGUGCUCAAAAGAAAUUACGGACCUGAAGUCGAUGUUUGGAAAACUGAACAAGGUGUUGCCCAAGCAAUCAUGCGUUCGGUGGUGGAUUUCAGAAGAGAUCCUUGGCCUAAAGUUUCUGACUGGGCAAAAGAUCUUGCGAAGAAGAUGCUCAACCCGGACCCCAAACAGCGGCUUACAACUUAA